AUGAUUUUGCGGCACAGGGCGACCGCACUUGCCAUAGCAAUAUGUUCUAUAAUCGGUGUAUUUCAACAAGUCAGGGUGACUGUAUUAGGAGGACACGUGAAUUCGAAAAGAAUUGCAUUUCUCUCUCCACCGGCAUCAUCUACAAGACAUAAUUAUAACUCGUCGCGAAAUACAGAAAAUGAUGAGGAAGGGAAGACACGUGAUCGUGACUUCAGGUGCUUUGGCGUACCUCGGCUUUUCUCCUGGCUACAGGAACACUUUGGGAACUUCAAAACAGGGCUGGAAAAGGCAAUAGAUAAACGGCCAGUGGACCACUUUUACAUCGAUAUGAAUGCAAUUAUACAUGUUGCAACACAUGGAAACAUGUCACCUAUAGUACAGAUGGAAAAUGAACAACGACUCCGACGUAUCACUUCAGCAAUAGAAAUGCUAUUCAACGUUGUAAAACCAAAAAAAAUGCUCUAUAUGGGAGUCGACGGGGUCUGUCCAACAGCCAAAAUCAAUCAGCAACGAGGACGUAGAUUCAGGAUAUCGAAGAACGUAGAUCAACUGGCUGAAAUAUGUAGCCAAGUCAGCAGCGAAAACGGAGAUACAUAUGUCGCACAAAGGUUGCCGUUUGACGAAUACGAUAAUGUCACAUUCAACCCCAAUCACAUCUCCCCUGGCACAGACUUCAUGCAGAUACUCGACAACGAAGUCGCAAAUUGGCUCGCACUCAAAACAGUAGAGGGAUUCUUUGGCAAGUGCUCAGUGGUAUACAAUGGAGUUACAGUGCCUGGAGAGGGUGAACAUAAAAUAUUCCAGUGUAUACGCAAAAUGAACAAGGCAAGUAGACACGCCCGCAAAGAGAUGCAUCUGGUAUACGGUCUAGAUGCAGACCUUAUGAUGCUAUCAAUGGCACUUAAAAUGCCAAACAUCAAGGUAUUGAGAGAGGAAAGGAACUACGCGCCACAUGUAGUCUGCAAAAAAAAAGGAGAGCCAUACUUCGCCACAGACACAGGUAUUGUACACCUACAUAAAUGGGACUUCAUCGACCUAAAAAAAACAAACUUCGAAGUAGUAUCACUUAGAACACUUCGGAAGAGGAUGUACGAACAUUGCCUCAAACAUCUGAUGAUGAAGUUUCGCACAGCUAGCUUCGCCUUCCUGAACAGACCGGAGGCACCGUACAGGCUAACAGACGACUUCGUACUUCUAUCUUUCCUAGCUGGUAACGACUUCUUGCCAAGACUCCCAACGGUAGAUUUCGCAAACCAAAGCUUCUUGGAAAUGAUAACAACCUACUAUGUACUCAUGCAAAAGUGGAAAGGAUUUCUAACGGAUGGACUCAAAAUACAUAUUCCAAGGCUUCAGACGCUUUUCAAGGCGCUUUCGAAAUACGAAAUGAAAUGGUUCAAGGAAAGGGCUCAAGUUGAAGACGUCAGUGAGUAUAGCAGUCCCAAGUUGUACGCCGAUUAUUAUCAUACGCAAAAGUGCCAGGUGUAUGGAAAAGCCAAUAUCAGACGCAUGUGUAUCGAUUACUUAAAGGGGCUAUUUUGGAUACUCAGCUACUAUCACCAUGACUGCCCGAGUUGGGACUGGAGCUACAGGUACCAUUAUGCACCGCUGGUGUCGGACCUUGCCGAAGUGUCGACAGUAGAUGUCACAUUCAACAAGGGAGGGCCUAUCACGCCGCUAGAACAUUUGCUAGCAGUUUCACCGCCAAAUGGUAACGAACUGCUACCACCAUCAUACAGACAAUUGUCUACGUCUGAUGGUGAACUUCAUCAAUACUUUCCUACUGAGUUCGAAAUCAAUGAAGACGGUAAAACCAAUGAAUGGGAGCAUGUGGUGAAAUUGCCAUUCGUUAACACCCACAAACUAGUUAAGGCAGCACAAAAGGUUAAUGCAGGACUCAAGUUCAGCUCACUUUACAAGUAA